AUGAUCUACCUGUAUAAGGAAAAAGACUUGAUCAAGAUCAGUCUGGACAAAAUCAAAAGGGAAUCCGAAAUAAGUACCCCUGGGAGUAGAAAUACGGUAUGGAUGGCAACAUAUUCAUCACCCUCUGGUCCAAGGACUGUAGCUGUAAAGAACUGUGCCAGAUUCAAGAGAGAAGAAGCCUUGAUAUUGCAACAAUUGCGCCACCCAAACAUCAUUGAGUUUUUAGGAGUUGCACCUCUGCCUUUUGGCGGAUAUGCUAUUGUGACUGAGUUUGCCGAAAAAGGAUCUUUGUACGAUCUCAUAAAGCAACAUCCUGAUGAUUGGUCAGAUUUCAAAAAGCAAUGCUGGAUAAAAUGGGCCAUUGAGAUGGCACGGGGUUUGCAAUACAUCCACGAGCAGAAAUACCAGCAUGGGGAUGUGAAAUCACCGAAUAUGGUCAUUACAAGGAACGACACACUAAAGAUCUGUGACUUCAGCACUGCCAGGCAUUGUGAGGUUACAGUCAGUACAAAUAGCAUCAGGGGAUCAUGGGCUUGGAUGGCACCAGAGGUCAUGGGCGAACCUGAUCCUCAAUCACAGACAAAACCUAUAGUGACACCCAAGUCCGAUGUUUUCUCUUAUGCUGUCGUUGUUUGGGAACUUCUCACUGGUAAGGCACCAUUUCCUGGGGAAUCUGCCCUUAAUAUGCUCAAAGCUGUCGCAAUCCAACGAAAACGCCUGGAAAUCCCCACAGCAUGCCCUGAGUCCCUGCGUGACCUGCUAACGGAAUGGUGGGAUCAUGACCACACAAAGCGGCCCAGUAUGGAUGAGAUUUUGAGCCGCUCUGAACCAGUACCGACAUACACUGCACUUUACGAUUUUGCGGCACAAGAAAAAGUUGACUUGAGCUUUCAGAAAGGAGAAGCGCUAGAUAUUAUACAUAAGACGGGUGGUGACUGGUGGUUUGCAAGGUCAACUAAGACUGGUCAAGAAGGCUAUGUCCCUUCCAACUACAUCAGACGUGCAAGAGAUAUUGAUACAGAAGAGUGGUACUUAGGCCAUAUAAGUCGCAUUGAAGCUGAGAAGAACCUGCUACAGCCUGGUGUCGAUGUCCAGCGAGGAAUGUUCAUUGUCAGGGACAGUGAGAGCAACCCAGGUGCUUUCUCAAUAUCGAUUAUUGACCACGACUCCGUUAGAGGCAACAAUGUGAAACACUACGAGAUCGAAAAGCGUGACGAUGAUGAGACUGGAUCAUUCUACAUACACGAACGCGCCUCGUUUCCUACACUCGCUAAGCUUAUCAAGCAUCACCAACGGGUAGCUGAUGGACUGUGUACCACACUAACCUACCCCUGCCCUAGAGAGACUCCGAAGACCAUGGAGUUGGGCAACGAUGAUUGGAAAAUCCCCAAGAAGUGCUUGACACUGAAAAGAAAGAUUGCGGUCGGUCAGUAUGGAGACGUUUGGAAAGGUAUGUGGGAAGGAAAGACCCCAGUGGCCAUUAAGACCCUCAAGAUGGAGACUGGUCAAUCCGCCUUCCUGGCAGAAGCUAACAUCAUGAAAAAGCUGCGCCAUCCAAACCUUUGUCAACUGUGUGGUAUUUGUUCCGACAAGGAACCCAUCUACAUUGUUAUGAUGUGGAUGUGCAACGGCAGUCUGUUGAAUUACCUUAAAGGUGACAAAGGAAGCAACCUGAAGUUGCCCGAACUUGUCGACAUUGGAGCUCAGAUUGCCUCUGGCAUGGCCUACUUGGAAUCCAUGAACUACAUCCAUCGUCAAUUGGCUGCAAGGAAUGUACUUGUUGGAGACGCCAACAUCGUCAAGGUGGCUGAUUUUGGGCUGGCGAGAAAGAAUGAGGAUUCAGAAUUACGAGGAGAGGGAAAUCCAACCCUAUUAAGAUGGGCAGCACCUGAGGUUCUCAUGGACAAUUGUCACAGCAUCAAAUCCGAUGUCUGGUCAUUUGGUAUUCUGCUGACAGAGUUGGUCACACACGGGCAGACUCCAUAUUUAGGUUUGGGGACUGAUGACAAAGUUGUUCGUCAUGUUAAGCAAGGCUAUCGCAUGCGCAAGAUAGGCAAAUGCCCAGACGCCCUGUACGAACUCAUGCUCAAGUGUUGGGACAAGGAUCCCACUACAAGAUACACCUUUGAGUUCCUGCAUUCCUACUUGGAUGACGGCUUCGUCGUAGGACUGUGUAUACCAUGAAGCAGAAUAAAGACAGUUUUGUGUUCGUGUUCAGUAGCCUGUCAACUGCAACAAUGGUAGGGAAUAUAUCAGUUGAAGAUAUCCACUGAGGUUGUGGACACAUCCACAGACCACAGUAUAA